AUGGCUGACAGUAAACUAUGCGCUGGUUGUCAGUGCGAUAAUGAAGACAUUACAGAUAUAUCUUGGUGCAGUGACUGCAAUGAACUUGUAUGUAAGGCGUGUUCGAACGCUCACGAAAGAUUGUCCCCGCCUCACAAGGUAGUCCCAACGCAAGAUGUACAACAACCCCCUUAUUCAUUUCUCAAUUUGUCCAAUAACUGCAAGAAUCAUCCAGAUCAAGUAAUUUCACUGUAUUGCUGUCAACAUGACAAGGAAAUCUGUGAUUCAUGUGUUCCGGUAUCACAUCAAUAUUGCAAGUCUAUCAUUCCAAUUGAAAAAGCUGCUAGAGGCGUGAUAGAUGGCACUGCUAUGUCUGAUCUAGAGAGAAGGCUUUCCAACCUAUGUCAAGUUACAGAGAAAAUAGUGAGUCAAAAUGAGACAACACUUGUAGAUUUAGAAAAAAAUCGAAACAAAAUAAAAAAAUGGGUGUCGGAACUCAAGCAGAUCAUUAUUGCUCAUUUAGAUAGGCUAGAAACAGAGAUACAUAAAGACAUGGACUACAAUUAUAAAAACUGUACAGAGAGUGUGUCCCACAGCAAAACAAGUAUCAAAUCCAGCUCUGACUUGCUCGCUACAUGGAAAAGUGAUUUAAAAUCACUGAAGCAACACACAUCAGAAAUCUAUUUAUUCCAGGUAGUAAAAUGUCUUGAUGCCAAAACUUACCAGAAAGAAAAAGAAAUCAGAGAAAUCCAAACAGAUACUGUUUCGAUACUUUAA